AAGAAGAAAAGAAAUUCCUAGUUAACGAAUUACGGAAUAUAUAUGAUGCAUUAAGAAUUGAUGAUGAUUCUGUAGAAAAACGACUCUGUAACAUUUGCCAAAAUUUGCAUCAAGCAAUCCAAUAUUGUGAAUUCUGUAUUC